UUAUUUUGCACGUCCACAUCCUUGACAACGAUCCUGGAAGGCAUCCCUCAAGACAUCAAAAAAAUCCGAGUAGAAAACUCCCACCUCACAGAACUGCCUCGCGGGGCGUUCUCCAACGUCAGUGCCUUGGAAUACCUUUGGCUGAACUUUGAUAAUAUUACGGUCAUGCACCUGAAAAGCCUGGAGCACCUGAAGGAUUUGAUUGAGCUGAGGUUGCAAGGGAACAAGCUGAGUUCAGUACCAUGGACAGCGUUCCAGGCGACCCCGGCGUUGAGCAUCCUGGAUCUGAAGCACAACAGGCUGGACGUCCUCCCCGAACACGCCCUCCGCUACCUGCCCAACUUGACCUACUUAGACUUGUCUUCCAAUCAGCUGACGGUCAUCUCCAGGGAUGUCUUCUACAACUGGCCAGUGUACCAGAAAUUUCAUCAACCCGAGAAGAACGUGGACGCUGCCUCGAACGCGGUGUUAGCCUUGCACGACAACUCGUGGAUCUGCGACUGUCGCCUGCGGGGGUUCGUACAGUUCAUCCGGUCCAUUAGCCCGCCCCUCAUUCUGAUGAAUUCCUACUUGGCUUGUUUGAGUCCCACGUCUAAGGAAGGGAAGUACUUCCACGAAGUGGAACUGAACAACUGCACAAAGCCGGUGGUUUCAGCCACGGAGACGAACGUUACCACAGCUGCUGGACUAAAUAUUACUUUGACCUGUCUAGUGCACGCCAGACCCUCCUCAGCAAUUUGGUGGACGUAUGCGCUGAAACAUCUACGGGCAUUUAAUGCGUCCAUGAGCCAUAUUGGUGAAGAUACCAUCAAAUCAGACUUGGUGAUUCCUUCUGUCCAUGUUAUGGAUCGGGGCAACUACACCUGCAUGGCUGCCAAUUUCCUUGGCAACUCCUCCUCCACAAUCAUCCUGAACGUGAAAGCCCCCAGUACGAUGGCAUCUUCCUUUUCCUCCUCCUUCUCAAGAGAAAAUCCCUACAUCGACGUGAGAAUCGCCAAGCAGACAGUCUACGGGAUCACGCUGGAGUGGUACACCAUGACCGAGAAUCCAGGGGAUACGUGGUACACCCUCCAUUUUGGGAAGUACGAUGACACCAAGAAGGAGAUGAUUUAUAUUGCCCCCGGCGUGAACAGCUAUUCGGUCAAUGACCUGCUCCCCGCCACUAAGUAUGAAGUGUGUGUGACUCUGAGGAACCAGAUGCCUCAAAGAGGGCAGUGCAUUGUCUUUGUGACAGGAAAUGACAUCAGCGAGUUGGAACAGCGGGAGAAACUCAUCCACAUCAUCAUUAUUGUGUGCGCCAUGGUGUUGGCUGUUCCCGCGGGGAUGUACGCCUGCACCACCGAUACCCGGCUGAAUUGCAUGCAGAAAUGCCCUGACGUCUGCCGCAAGAAAAGGAAAGCCAAAACUCUUCGAGAAGUCAACAAAGAGAGCACGUUCGACAGCUUGCCGACAGGCAGCGACGAAGGGUUGUGUCACCAUGACUCCAGCGACAGCAGAGGAAAUCUGAGGGUGCUUGAGGACAAGGAGACCACCAGCAAACAGAAGACGGAACACAGAAACACUGCAGAUCUCUAUUAA